AUGUCAUGCCUCAUUCAAAAAACCAUGUCCACAGUGAUGUCGGCCAUAUUCUGUUUUCUUGUGCGAGAAAAAGAAUUCAUCGAUGCCGGUCGCAGUAUUCUUAGAGAAUAUCCUGACAUACGGUGGAAAGCUCUUUGGAAGAACGAGUUCAAAAGCGUAAAGGAUAUGGAAAGGAGGCUUCAUUUGCACGGUGAUCAGUUCGAUAGAUGGCGCUUCAGUAUGGUCACCCGAGAACCAGUGGAUCGAUUUCUGUCUGGCUUCAUUGACAGAUGUAUAAGGUAG